AAAUUGACCCAAAGUGUUGAAGGUUGCAGACCCCCGGUCUAAGUCAUUGUUUGGUAGUUGUUGUUUUGCAAAGAAAGCAUGAGAUUUUCUUUGAACAUCCUGAUAACAUAAAAUGACUGUACUAAAAGUAUUCUUCAGCAAAAUGUUGUUUAACAGAGGAAGGAGCAUCCAAAAUAGUGAAAAAUGAAAAGUAGAACUGCUGACCUUUCAAAAUAAUAGUCUUUUUUUUUUUUUUUUUUUCUUGCUUAUUAUACGAAUUAACUUGACUCCCCCUCUCAAUUACACAACAGCUGAAGGACCGCCCACCUGUGCCUCUCCUUCCCUGUUGUCAGGCUCUGGCUUUUCAGGAAAUAGGAGAGUUUCGAGCCGCUGCAGACGGUUAUAACCGGCUAUAACUCCACGUCACGUUUCUGAGCAUGUCUGCAGAGGAGCGGAGGGACGCGGCCGACCACUCCGCGCUGCUCAAGUUCCUGUCGGCCGUCUUCUACGCCGGCAGCUCGUUCCUCAUCACCGUGGUGAACAAAACUGUGCUGACGAGCUUCAGGUUUCCCUCCUACCUAUGUCUGGGAAUCGGACAGAUGAUCACCACAGUCGUUGUCCUCUAUGUUGCCAAAAUGAACAAAAUGGUGCAGUUUCCAGACUUGGACAGAAGCAUUGUCAUCAAAAUUUUCCCUCUCCCCCUGCUGUAUGUUGGAAACCAUGUAACAGGACUGGGAAGCACCAAAAAACUCAGUUUGCCCAUGUUUACUGUAUUAAGGAAGUUCACUAUUCUGAUGACAAUGAUGUUGGAAGCAUACAUGCUGAGAAAAACAUUUCCAAGGCGCAUUGUUUGCAGUGUUAUGGCAAUAAUGUUUGGUGCCCUGGUGGCAGCAAGCUCUGACUUGGCCUUCGAUGUGGGGGGAUACACUUUUAUCCUACUCAAUGAUGCCUUCACCGCAGCAAACGGAGUGUACACCAAGAAGAAGCUUGGCGAUCAGGGGCUGGGGAAGUAUGGCGUCCUGUUCUACAAUGCACUGUUCAUCGUCAUCCCCACUCUCUUGGCGAGUGCUGUGACUGGUGAUUUGGACAAGGCAGUUGUGUUUGAAGACUGGGGGAAAACCACAUUUGUCUUGUGUUUUCUCAUAUCCUGCUUCAUGGGGUUUGUCUUAAUGUACUCCAUAGUUCUGUGCAGCUAUUAUAACUCAGCACUUACUACCACUGUGGUCGGGGCAAUAAAGAAUGUUGCUGUUGCGUAUAUUGGCAUCUUUGUUGGAGGAGACUAUCUGUUCUCUUGGACAAAUUUCCUCGGACUCACUAUCUGUAUGUCAGGUGGACUUGUGUAUUCAUAUCUGACGUUCAGCACCAGCAAAUCCGCCGGAAGUGACUCCGGAGACGCACAAGAGCAGAAGAUUCACAUAACCGAAGACUCACCAAGGAAGCACUGAGCCAGCAAUGUUUGCAUUUACCACUAGGUGGUGCUGUUCUUCUCCAUAUUGGGGAAUUCAUCUGAAUUACUUAAAUAUCUAUUGCAGAUCUUACAUUUGGUUUUACUUUCAAAUUCAACAUAAAUGACAUAAAGAAAAAAAAAGACAACGACGGGUCAGAUUCUGUGAAUAUUUAUUACAAUGAUAGAACAGUGUGGACAGUCUGACUGAAUCAUAACUGUAAAAUGUGGAAUAAAAUGACUAACAGCAAGCAGUGUCAUCUAAAAAACAAGGAAACUGCUGCAGGAUGUUAGCAGAGGCACGAACCCAAACUACUAGUAAAUCUCCAAAGCUUUCUGUAAAAAGUGUGCGCACAAACACUACAUUUAUAUAUUAAAGGACUUUUUUUUUCUUCUAAAACACAAGAGCUUGGGGAUUAUGGUUCUAAAUAUAUAAGGGCUUGUUCUUUUUUUGUUUGUUUGAUUAUCAGUUCCAGUUGAUCCCAGCAUCAAUCACUUUAACGCCAGAUUCAAUCGACGCAUCCGCUUCCCCUAAAACCAGCGGAGGACUGUGGUCAGUUUCAAAAGAAGUAGCGUUACUUUAAAGAAAAAAACAAACAAACCAGGUUCCAGAUAACGGUGCCACUCUCCUGCAACAAAACUAGCUGUCACUGCAUCGCAAGCCUCAUUCUACACAUGAUACAGGUUAUAAGUGCUUUGUCGAGACAGGACAAACACCUGAAUUUAUCCGGCAGAUCUUCCAAAAAAAAAAAAAAAAAAA